ACUCAAUAAUGGCGGGUCAGUAAAUGUCUUUGGCUGACUAGUGACCGCCAUUCAACCAAACAAGUAUUGACACUACAGAAAGACCAGCUCUCCCUCACUUCACCCCCAACAAAAGAACAUUUCAUAGCUCAUCUCUAUGUACAACAUGCUACAGAUCUUAGCCUUAUUAUCACCAUCCACCACCUAUUGUCACUCAAGUCAUUACCCACCCCACCUUCUACUUUUAACGGUGUAUGACGACGUGAACACCAACAAGAAAGACAAGCAGGGAUUUCCCCAGAUCUAUGCAGGUCAUGUCUAUUUUUAGAAUCGUCUAUUAUACACAAGCCUAGAAACCAAGAGCUACCAGUACACAUAGCAGACAGAGCUUUGAAGCUGUGUAAAGCAAACAUUCUCUGGUAUGUAAAGAUACGAUAUCCAGUUUUAGUGUGUGUAUUUUUAAUUGUAUCGUCUAAUGCCACUAUAGCGGAUAUAAAAUGCGGUGAAUGACGACGUAAACAACACCAACAUGAAAGACAAGCAUAUAUUUACCCAGAUCUAUGCGGGUCAUGUCUAUUUUUAGAAUCGUCUAGGUAAACUUAAUCCUAGAAACCAAGAGCUAAGAGUACACAGACAGAGCAACAUUAGAAGCAGUGUUAACUUAACCUUCUCUUGCUUAGUGGACAAUUGUGAGUGACAGCUGGUUGAUAUCCAAACAUUUGUAGACAAGUUAAGCAGUAAAACAAACCAUGAAAACCCCAAACAAAGUGAGAAAAAGAAAUUUGGAGCCAUCAUGUACACCUGAAGUUGUGUCAUACUGUGAGAGUCCAAGUAAAGUUAUCAAAAGUGACCAAACAGGUGUCUUUAAUCCAGGAAAUCAUGAAGCUGAGAUGUGCUAUGGAGGAGAAGCUGAUCUACACAAACAUGUUACUGGCUGUAAGAAGAAUCCAGGUCACAAAGGUUUUAUACCUCUUAAAUAUUUCAACGCAAAUUGUCUCCCCUCAAGUUACCAUGACGACGACCUCUUGUUUGAGACAAUCAAAACAUUGGCAGCCCUAACUGUCCAGAUAAAGACUAAAUUCACCAGUCUAGAGAGACCAGAGUUUUACCCAGGCACUCAAGUUCCAUAUCCAUGUUAUAAUAACAGAGGAAGUCACGUGAUGAGGUUAGGGACGGGGAGAGUGAGAUAUGUGAAUAAGUACACAGAGAGUGACAUGGGAACUUGUCGUUGUGCCAAGUGUCAAGUCUCUGCCACACCCAGCAAAGUGUGGUUGUUGGUUGGUGUGUUGACAGCCACACACGUGGUGUUUGAUGACAGUGAGGCGAGACAGACCAGGUGUGUUUUAGGUUAUGAUGACAAUAAAAGUCCAGUGGUCAGUCUUGAUGGCUGGGAGAUGGAUGAGGCAGACAUUGAGGGAGACAUGUGUGAGUUGAGUUAUGUGACAUGUGACUUAGAGUUGCUUGAUGAACUGGACAAGAAGUGUGAGCGCUUUAGAGAUCUAUGUGGGGAAGUAAGGAGAUUUAAUGAUGUGAAUAAGUUGACCGUUAUAGUGUCACAUCCUCAUGGCUGUCCUAAACAGGUCUCUGUAGGACAAUGGACACACAAACGUCAGAGGGAUGUUAAACGAACAAACUGUACCAGGUACUGGUACACAACAUGCACCUGUCCAGGCUCUAGUGGAGCGCCUGUCUACAGGCUGGAAUCUGACGGGUGGUUGUAUCACCAUCCCCAUAGUGGAUCAAACCCUGAAGGAAAUUAUAGUGGGGAGUUCUGGUACUCAGAUGACUGUUAGUUCUCUCCCCUUGUCUACAUAAUUUAAACAAACAAAAUGGCGGAACCUUUUCCGUCAUUAAACUGUUUGUGUAAAGACGUGCAUAUGUUGUAAAUAUUUUAUAACAUGUAAAUUGUUAAAACAAUUGUUUUGAUUGAUUCAAACCGUUUAACCGUUGUAAUUUGCAUCUACCAUAUUGUAUUUUACGCAGUUAACAUGUUUAAUGUUGUAGACAUUUUGUGUUUAACACAUGUCGGCAAAGUUCUUGUUCUAAUCUUACCAUGAAUUGUAUCUUUACAUAUUUCAUUUCUUGCUCUUCUUAUUUGUUUACAAAAUUAUUACAUACUAGAAAAUAAAUGCCCAA